AUGGACGACCUCGAGUCUCUCGAAAUUCUCUCCCUGGUGUCCAAGGUAACAUCAGAACUUCAGAACCAUCUGGGGAUCAGCGACAAAACCCUGGCAGAAUUUAUCAUCUCGCAGCAUGCGCCGUCUCUCAAGCUCGAGGAGUUCCGGACGAAGCUGGAGGCCAUGGGGGCGGAAUUCCCACAGAGUCUAAUCGAGAGCGUGGAUCGCCUGGUGCGGACCAUGCACCCAAAAUAUAAGAGUCUGAAGAACGGGGGAGAGCAGAUGGGCAAUGGGUCGCGCAAGCUGGAGGAGAGGACCAAUGUCUUUAAAGGGCUUGCGAUGCCCGACAUACAGGCACCUUGGCAAGAUGAGGCAGAAGGAGCUCCGGUGAACGAAAGUACGAAGCUAGAGACUGAUGCGAUCGACGACACCAUGGCUCUCUUGGAAGGCUUGGGGAGCAAGGCGAGGACCGAAAAGCCAGCCCAGUCUAGCCGGAAGCGCAGUCGAAGCCCCGAGGAGGAUGUGGAGAGAGGGAGGAGCAGGAAGGAGAGAUAUCGAUCUCGGUCUCGGUCUCGAUCGGUAGAGGAGAGGAGGCGCAGGAAGACUGGUGCUGUUGAUCAAGACGACUAUGGUCGCUCGAGAAACGGUCAUAAGAGCAGUCGGCGGAAGAGGGACGAGGAGGACAGGUUCAGACGGCCACCAACACCCGAAAUUGACGACGCACCCAUACUAUACAAGGUCUACGACGGUCACGUCACGGGUGUCAAAGACUUUGGGGCUUUUGUUAAUAUCCACGGAGUAAAUGGCAGAGUUGAUGGGCUUGUUCAUGUGUCCGCGUUGGCCGAAGGUCAGCGGGUGAACCACCCGUCCGAUCUUCUUUCCAGAGGCCAGCCUGUCAAGAUCAAGGUAAUCAAGAUAGAGGGCUCAAGAAUCGGGCUUUCCAUGAAGGAUGUCGACCAAGAAACUGGAAGGGAUCUCGCCCCCCAAGCUAGGAUACAAUCUGGCGCCAACAUGGAGAAGAUCGGGGGAAAGGGCGAGUAUGGACUUAUAGAUGAGAAAGCACUGGUCUUUGAGGGCGACAUGCCGAGCAGUUCCCGAAGAACGAAGAAGCGAAUGACAUCUCCAGAGCGCUGGGAAAUCCGUCAGCUCAUCGCAUCUGGUGUCGUGAAGGCAUCGGAUUACCCAGAUCUCGACGAAGAUUACAAUGCUGCAUUGAAUGGCGAAGGAGAGAUGGAGCUAGAAGAGGACGUCGAUAUCGAGUUGCGAGAAGAGGAGCCGCCAUUUCUUGCUGGUCAGACCAAACAGUCACUGGAACUAUCUCCUAUCAGAGUGGUCAAAGCACCAGAUGGUUCUAUGAAUCGUGCCGCUAUGGCUGGAACUACAUUGGCGAAAGAUAGAAGAGAAUUGAGGUCACAAGAAGCUCAGGACAAGGCAGCUGAAGAAGGGUCGAAGGUUGAUCUGUCGGCACAGUGGCAAGAUCCCAUGGCCAAUCCAGACUCGAAGAAAUUCGCGAGUGAUCUUCGGAGCAUCAAGCCCGCCCCAGCAAACGAGGCUGUACCCGAAUGGAAAAUGGCUACACAAAACAAAGAUCAGUCAUUUGGACGACGGACAGACAUGUCCAUAAAACAACAACGGGAGUCUCUGCCUGUAUACAGGUUCCGAUCCGAGCUUAUCAAAGCUGUUCACGCGAACCAGCUUCUGAUUGUAGUCGGCGACACAGGAUCCGGGAAAACAACUCAAUUGACACAGUACUUGGCAGAGGCAGGCUUUGCUAACAACGGGUUGAUCGGAUGCACACAACCCCGCCGUGUUGCUGCAAUGUCGGUUGCGAAACGUGUGGCCGAGGAGGUUGGUUGCGAACUCGGUCAAGAGGUCGGAUACACGAUUCGAUUCGAGGAUUGCACCAGCCCGUCAACCAAGAUCAAGUACAUGACCGAUGGUAUGUUACAGAGAGAGAUUCUUAUGGACCCUGAUAUCAAGAGAUACUCGGUCAUCAUGUUAGAUGAAGCCCACGAACGUACUAUCUCCACGGAUGUGCUGUUUGCGCUGCUCAAAAAGACCUUGAAGAGGAGGCCCGAUUUAAAGGUCAUCGUCACUUCUGCGACUUUGGACGCUGAUAAGUUCUCGGCAUACUUCAACGAGUGUCCCAUCUUCUCGAUUCCCGGACGUACCUUUCCUGUCGAAGUCAUGUAUUCUCGGGAACCAGAGUCCGAUUAUCUAGACGCAGCUCUCGUCACAGUUAUGCAGAUUCAUCUGACCGAACCUCCUGGAGAUAUACUUCUCUUCCUGACUGGCCAGGAAGAGAUUGAUACCAGUUGCGAGAUCUUGUUCGAGCGUAUGAAAGCUCUGGGACCGAGCGUGCCUGAGCUGAUCAUUCUCCCUGUGUACUCUGCUCUACCCAGCGAGAUGCAGAGCAAGAUUUUUGACCCAGCCCCACCUGGAAGUAGAAAGGUUGUUAUUGCGACGAACAUUGCGGAAACAUCUAUCACCAUCGAUCACAUUUACUAUGUCAUCGAUCCCGGCUUCGUCAAGCAAAAUGCCUACGACCCAAAGCUCGGAAUGGAUUCUCUCGUAAUCACGCCAAUUUCCCAAGCCCAAGCCAAACAACGUGCUGGUCGCGCGGGAAGAACAGGGCCUGGAAAAUGUUUCCGCCUCUAUACCGAAUCCGCCUUCCAGUCUGAAAUGCUACCAACAUCGAUUCCUGAAAUCCAGCGACAAAAUCUUUCACAUACUAUUUUGAUGCUCAAGGCAAUGGGAAUCAACGACCUUUUGCACUUUGACUUCAUGGACCCGCCGCCCACGAAUACCAUGUUGACUGCGCUCGAAGAGCUAUAUGCAUUGUCUGCUCUGGACGACGAAGGACUGUUGACUCGAUUAGGUCGAAAAAUGGCCGAUUUUCCGAUGGAGCCGUCGCUGGCCAAGGUUCUCAUCGCCUCGAUCGACCUUGGAUGCUCGGAUGAAAUCCUCAGUAUCGUUGCAAUGCUGUCGAUUCCAUCCGUCUUCUACCGACCGAAGGAGAAGCAGACACAGGCUGACCAGAAGAAGGCCAAAUUCCAUGACCCCCACGGUGAUCAUCUCACCCUGCUCAAUGUGUUCAAUGGGUGGAAGCAAAACAAGUUCGCCAACCCAUGGUGUUUCGAGAACUUCAUCCAGGCGCGCUCUAUGCGCCGGGCGAAGGAUGUCCGGGACCAACUCGUCAAGAUUAUGGAACGCUACAAGCACGCCAUCGUCUCUUGCGGCCGCAACACCCAGAAGGUGAGACAAGCCAUCUGCAGUGGGUACUUCCGCAACUCGGCCCGGAAAGAUCCUCAGGAGGGCUACAAGACCCUCAUUGAGGGCACGCCUGUCUAUCUGCAUCCCAGCUCGGCCCUAUUUGGAAAGCAGGCCGAAUGGGUCAUCUACCAUACACUUAUCAUGACGAGCAAGGAGUACAUGCACUGCACGACAACCAUCGAACCCAAAUGGCUCGUUGAGGCGGCGCCAUCGUUCUUCAAAGUUGCGCCGACGGAUAAACUGAGUAAGCGAAAGAAGGCUGAGAGGAUCCAGCCUCUGUACAACAAAUUUGCGGCGGAGGAUGAUUGGAGACUGUCGUCGCAGAAGCGGCAAGGCCGAGGCGGUGGUGGUGGAACGUGGGGAUGA